UUGUCAAAUACGUUUAUCGUCCUGUCACCGUUAGUCCUGUCACCCAUCAUCCUCUCACCAGCUGUACUCGGCCCCAUUAUCCUUUCUCCCUGGGUUUUUAUUCCCCUUAUCCUCUCACCUCGUGUCCUUUCACCCCUAAUUGUAAAUCCCCUUAUAUUCUCCCCGAUUAUUCUAUCACCACUUGUGUUGCAUCCACUGAUCCUCGUUCCCGGUAUAUUUAACCCUAUCAUCCUUUCACCUCUAGUCCUUUCUCCAUUCAUUCUUUCACCUCAAGUGUUUACCCCAGUGAUUCUGUCACCCAUGGUUCUCAACCCGCUUAUCCUUACCCCUAUGGUCGGAUCUCCAUUGAUUCUUUCGCCAUUUGUGCUUUCCCCCAUCAUUUACUCUCCGCAGUUCCUCUUUGCUGUUGUGCUCUCACCAUAUGCCCUAUCACCUCUGGUGGAAUCAAAGCUUAUCGCUUCCGAGGUGGUCUUAUCUCCUAGCUGGCUUUCAUAA